AUGGUGAAGCGGAGGGCACGACCCCUGGAGGUGAACCUGCUUUCCACGUCGUGGGAAGUGCGGCCUCAUCCUCUAACGAAAAGCCAGGCUUUCUAUUCGAACAGUAUAUGAGUGAUCCAAAAUGUCAUUGAGCUGAGGCCUAAGUCAAGAUACAUCCUUGCCAUUGAUGAUUCAAGGAACACUUUAGAGGAGAUCGUACAGCCAGAUGAACUGGAGUUCCUCAACAUAAACCUCCGCUUGGAUGCCAUUAAUAUAAAGGAGUCUCUAAACCUCAACUGGACAUCUAAAGCCGGGAUGGUUGAGAACAUGGACAGUAUUGUGCAAGAGUACAAAGAGACGAGGCAGCUGCUUCCAAUUAAAGUCUGUGUGGUCGGUCCUCCGGCUGUGGGGAAAACCACUAUUGCUGAGAAGCUCUGCAAGCAUUACCAGAUACACCACAUCAACCUGAAGGGGAUCAUCGAGGACAAGAUUAGACAACUGAAGGAGAAGAUAAGUGGAGUUUACCCCGAACAUGUCAGUGAAGAGGCUGCAGCUGCUGCGCACAAACAGUUUGAAAAUAUCACCCAAAGCUUGGAGAUGAACGGGGGCAAACUUGCUGAACACCAAGUAUUUGACAUUUUGCAAGAAAAACUGAACUCCAAGCCAUGUAGGAACCAAGGGUUUGUUCUGGAUGGUUAUCCUAAGACUUAUGCACAAGCAAAGUUGAAUUUCUCUGUUGAGGAUGCAGAGGUUCAGGAUUCAGAUUUGAUGUCUGUAAUGCCCCAGUACAACAAACUCAUCACUCCAGAGUAUGUUUUUGCCCUUGAUGCAUCUGAUGACUUCCUGACAAAGAGAGUCCAAGGACUUUCAGAGAAUGUGGCUGAUAAAAUGCGAUACACCCAGGAAGAAUUUUUGCCUCGCCUCGCCAGACACAGACAGCUGGGUGCCGCUGAAGAAACACUGUUGGACUAUUUUGAUCACUGUGAAAUUCACCCAGAACGUUUAGAGGUCAGCACAGACGAUCCAGAGUACACUGUGGUUAUGAAGCAUAUCAUGGAGACCAUUGGGGACCCUAAGAAUUACGGCCCAAGUCCAGAUGAUCAGGAGGAGGCGGACCGAAAGAGAGAAGCCAAGCAGAGGCGGAAACAGGCUGCAGAAGCUGCUGAGAAGAGAAGCAGAAAAGAAGCUGCGCUGACUGAAAUAGCAGCUCAGUCUGAGGAGUGGCAGACAAAUCUGUCAGAGGUGAAACGACAGGAGCAUGAGCUGAUGGAGGCUCACGCUCUGCCUCUGAGAAACUACCUGAUGAAGUAUGUGAUGCCAUCGCUCACUCAGGCGAUGUCAGAGUGUUGCCAGAUCAAACCAGAGGACCCCGUUGACUUUUUGGCAGAGCAUCUUUUACGGAGCAACCAAGAAGAAGAGCUAUCUGUCUAAAGGAGAGCAGAAUUCACUGCGCUCUAGAUGGAUAGACUGGAUUGUCAGCAUGAUACAGCUACACGUGUAAGCAAAGAAACUGUACUGUCUGGAAAACAUUUUAAAUUAAAAAAAUCUUUCUAAUAUUUAACUAGGCAAACUUUCAGUCAGUGAAGUUAACAGUUGGCAGCCACUGCGCAAAAAGCAAUAACUUAGCUCUAACCAGCACAAGUAAUAACACCCGAACACCCGAAAGGUAGGAAAAAUAUUAUGUAAGGAUGAUGCAAAUAGCAGCAAAACGAAAAGAAACAAAGGCAGAUGAGAAAUGUAGAACCCAAUUCAAGUGGGAGAGGCGUGGGAGAACCAGCCAUUUAAGAAAAGAAGAGAAGCUAAACUAACAGAAACAAACAAAAGAGGGGAGUUGGAUGCCCAAUAAAGUGCUCACACACCAUUUUUUUAAAUAAAAAAGUUCAUGGUAUGACGGGAACUCAAAACUAUUGUGUAACUGUUGUGUACAAAACUAUGAUCACCCUAAAAAAAACGUUUCUGUGCACAAACACAGGAUUACCACUUUGAAGUGUCUUGUACACAAAAUGUGCUAUACAAAUAAACUUGUCUUGCCUUA